AUGUUCAUAUUUAGUCUAGAACUACAGUUGUUGGCGCAUGGAGCUGUUCCAAACACUCUACACCGUUUGGGCUGGACACCUCUCAUGGUGGCUGCGAUGAACAUACAGCACAAGUGUGUGUGUGUGCUGCUGGAGGCCGGUUCUGAUCCAAACCUGGGCGUUGACUUCAGCAGUGUGUAUGAAGCGGCUCGACAGAAGGGCGUUCACACAUUAGAGGUGCUGGUGAGCCGCGAGGAUGAGUUCAGUAAUCGUCUCAGCAGCCGCGCUUCUUUCUGAGGAUGUUCUGCUCUGCAUUACGCCAACACACACCUGCGGGCAGGUGCCAACCCCUUACAGAAGAACGACCUGGGACACACACCGCUGAUGUACGCCAAAGAGGGCGAGAUGGUCACACUGCUGAAAGAGGCACAGAACACGCGUUUGCUUUCGUCCGGUCUGUCUGUCCUCCUCUCAUUACCGUCUGUCUGUCUGUCUAGAGUUAAUUAUUGUCUGUUUUCUUCUGAAGCCAUUAGGAGGAAGGAGAACGGCUGGUAUGAUGAAGAGCAUCCCCUCGUCUUCUUCUUCCUGGGCUCAUCUGGAAUCGGUAAAACUGAGCUGGCCAAGCAAGUGGCACGAUAAAUGCAUAAAGAUAUUAAGAAGGGUUUCAUCCGGAUGGACAUGUCUGAAUUUCAGGAGAAACAUGAGGUGGCGAAGUUCAUCGGUACUCCUCCAGGAUAUUUGGGUCAUGAAGAAGGAGGUCAGCUGACCAAACAGCUCAAACAGUGUCCGAACGCCGUGGUUCUGUUCGACGAGAUGGACAAAGCUCAUCCAGACGUGCUGACCAUAAUGUUACAGCUCUUUGAUGAGGGUCGACUGACUGAUGGGAAGGGGAAGACGAUCGAGUGUAAAGAUGCCAUCUUCAUCAUGACGUCUAAUGCAGCUAGUGAUGAGAUUGCCCAGCAUGGAUUGCAGCUGAGACAGGAAGCUCAGGAGCAGAGUCGCCGGCGUCUGGCUGAGAAUCUGGACGAUGUUCAGAAGAGCGAGAAGAUCACCAUCUCCAACACUUUCAAAGAGCAGGUGAUCCGGCCCAUCCUGAAGGCUCAUUUCCGACGGGAGAGGAUUAAUGAGAUUUUGUGCUUCCUGCCGUUCUGUCACUCUGAACUCAUUCAGCUGGUCAGCAGAGAGCUCCACUACUGGGCCAAGAAGGCCAAGCAGAGGCACAAUAUCACGCUGCUGUGGGAGCGUCCCGUGCUGGAGCUGCUGCUGCACUACAGCGCGCGCUCCAUCAAACACGAGGUGGAGCGGCGGGUGGUAAAUCAGCUGGCCGCUGCUUGAACUCUGCGUCUGACCAUUGACGGAGGACAAGAGAAGGAUGGAGCUCCAGCUCUGCGUCUGGAGGUGGUGGGUGAAGACAGCACGGCCCAAAAACUGGACAUCCGCCCACCGCUGACCCCCAAGGAUGUGACACACACCCACCGACAUCACUGAGACUCACAGACUGGAGCUUCAGUGCAGUAAUGCGUCGCUCACACACACACAGAAGAUUAUUGACAGAAACAUAAAAAUGAGGUAUUCAGACAUACUCCUAACAUUAAUAACACACAUAAAUCACAGCAGCUUUAUGAUGUUUGUAAUAAUGCAGAUCUCCGUCACGCUUCCAGAGCGUUUGUCACAUGUACAGACAUAUAGAUGUGUCUGUUAUAGAAGGUACAGUAUAUGAGAGAAAGUCAUGUGAUCACUAAUGUGCUUUGUUUCCACCAGCAGGACGCCUUCAUCAAAGUCUAUUAUAGUACUUUAAAACACACAUAUUUCUGAGUUUUAGAUUAAAUUGUUAAUAUGGAGAUGAUUUCUGUUUCUGUGCUUAUUGUAAGUGAUUCAUCAGCUUUAUUCUAAAGAAAAACAAUAACACUUUACAAUAAGAUUUGAAUUGUUAACAUUGCUUCACUAUAUGGGUAUCAAGAACUCACAAUGAAAAACAAUUCUAAACAUUAUAUAUAUAUAUUUGAUUACACUUUAUUGGGUGUAAUUAUGCAUUUAAUAUUAAUUAACCACUUGUAUUUGCUA